AUGUUUGUUCAUCGUCUCUGGACACUCGUCCUUCCUCUUCUUACACUGGGUUCGAAAGCAUCACAAUUACAGAGUAUCAAAUCAUUGCUAGAUAUCGAAGACAAUGUACUGCCCAACUUAAAUAUAUCGCAAGAUAACGACAACGCGGUACAAAUUCUUGGCGGCGUGGAGGCCUUAUCGUUGUACAAGUACAUAGGGCAGCAGAAUUUUACCAAGGAGAUAGGCCCGGAAACAAACUCGCGUGGACUAGUGUAUUACUCCAAUGAUACUUAUAUUUUAUUGGAAGACGCCGACGACGACACCCGAAUAGACAGAAUCACGCCGUUUGGCACCGACUCAUUCAUUCUUAGCGGGUCAGGCUCCAUAAAGGAUGUACCUCUGGGAAACCAGAUACUCUACAAUCUGUCAACACUAUCCAUGGAGCGCAUAUUCACCCAGCCGUUGGGCCAUGUGGAGGCCGUUCUUGUAAAUGACACUUCUGUUUACUUCGGGGGUAACUUUUCAUAUAACAACGGUUCAAUGACGGGCCAUGGCGCCCUUGUUUGGGAAUCUACGUCAAAUACCACCCAGCUUUUACCUUUUGGAGGGUUCGGAAAAGACUCCUACGUGAACUCGAUUGUCAAAUUGAAUGAUGAUAACAUUUUAUUUGCGGGCAAGUUUUAUACGUUGGAUGACUCUUCGAUCCUCACCACCAGCUCCAAGAACACUACGAGUGCAACCUCCGCGUUGAAUGCCACAACUUUGGAAUUGGGACAACGGAUCCCAUUGAGAUACGCCUCGUGGGAGUCGCAGGGAAGUACAACGUUUGAAUCCAGUUACCUCGUCUGCCCUGAUACGGAUAAAGACGCAUGGACAUAUCCGGGUACAUCAGGAUCUUUGGUUUGCACUUUGCCUUAUGAAGUCGCACCAACAAAGAUAAGACUUUAUAACUCUCCAAAUUCUAAUAACGAAAUUUCCUUAUUUCAAAUACUGACCAAUCCAUCGCGCAGUAUAAUGAAUCUAACAUAUCUGGAUCCAAUAAGUGGGGAACUACAGAAUUGCGACGAAUUCUGUCCAUUAUAUAGUCGAGAUACUCUACUGUCAGCAAGCCAAAAUGUGUCUUCGUCCCUGGAUAUGAUUUCCUUCAUUGACAAUAACAAUACAGAUGUCAAAUGGUCGUCGGACUUCCAAGAUUUUGCAUUUGCAAACGAAGUUGCCGUUACAUCGUUAAAACUCACCGCUUUAAACUCAUACGGAGAUAACGUUGCGUUAUCAGGUUUGGAACUUUAUCAAGAUACGUUUUCGACCUACGCUAACAAUUCACUAAACGAAUAUGGUUGCAGUGCACUCGCCAACGAUUCAUCGUCAUCCACAUUAUCGGACAAUGAGUGGUAUGACGGCUUAACAGGUCAAAGUUAUAUAGCCAUCGACUACGUUCCGAACCAAAAUAAGCCAACUCCAACUGUGACGUUUUACCCUAGUAUCAUUCACCCUGGUCAUUAUACCAUUAAUACAUACACACCUGGGUGCGUCCAGGAUAACACGUGCUCUUCAAGAGGUAUUGUAAACGUUACUAUGUGGAAUCCACAGAAUAACACAAUGAUGGAGACUUACCUAAUUUACCAAAACAAUGACAAUUUGAAGUAUGAUAAGAUCUAUUCGGGAUACUUGGAUUUCUCACCGGAAAUUGUCAUGGAGUACGUUUCUGGAAUAUAUGCAAGUAAUACUGCAACGAUCAUGGUGGCAGACCAAGUCAAUAUCAUCACCGAUUCGUUGGAUUCUUUUAGCAGUCUUUCAGAAACUACGACCACGAAAAGACAUACUCCCUUGAAUGGUGUCCUUCAAUACCAAAGAUCAAAUUUUACUGCCCCCACGUCAAACGAAAUGAAGAUAGCCAAUACUACUUUGAACCUUUUCUCAGUGGAUAACUACCCAAAGAACUCUUCCAUAUUCGCUGACAUUUACGAUACGAAAUUAAUACUUGGUGGAGCAGAUAACCACAUUUCUGUUAUAGACUUCAAUGAAAGUUUGAGGGUAACCGCAAGUGAAAACAAAACCAUUCAGGGUGAUGUGUAUGGUAUGACGCAAACUAACCAAGGUCUGUUGAUAUUCGGAGAUCUCCGUUCUUCCGAUGAUAAACCAACAGUUCUUAUGUUCAAUGGAUCAUUUGAAAAUCUAUCAAACUAUUCUAAGACGGUGGACAAUGCCAUUAACAUAAGCUUAGCAAAUAACGACCUGAUUGUGUUUAACAACAAUUACAUACUCAACACAUCCUCGAACUCAGAAAUAUCGAACUCCUCCUCUUUUAGUCUUUCGCUUUGGUCAGCCGGUAAUAACGGUAACGGUGAUGUUUUAUUUUCAGGUGCAGUGUCACAAAUGCAGUUCAGUGACUUGAGUGGAUCUGCACGAUUCUUAAAUGAGGAUAUAGUAGAAGCGUUGAACCUAAAUAAAGGUAUUGUACCGUACUUGGGUGCGUAUUUGAAUGAGUCCACUAUAGCUUAUGCUUACGAAACAGAUUCUUUGAGCAAGAUCUAUUUUUCUAACAACGUUAAUCCUUCCUGGAAUUGGUCUAAUAACAUUACUAAAAUGGUAUAUGCGAAUAAUCAAACGUUGCUAGCUGUCGGUUCUGAGUCCUCGACAACAGCAGAAUUAUCGAUUUUCAACCUAAAAAAUUUCACAACAAUUGCUAAUGAAACCAUUGGGUCCAAUGCAAAGAUAAAUGCAUUUGUCAAUUUCGAAAAAAAUUCUAGUCUGUUGGUGGGCGGAGAUUUCCAAAUGAGCAAGCCGAAUUGCUCCGGAUUGUGCCUAUACAACUAUGAAAGCAAAAUUUGGUCUGCAUUCCUCAAUAAUACUAUUUUUGGCGAAAUCACUGAAUUAACCUUCAAUAAUGAAUCAGAAUUAAUUAUUUCAGGUCUUUUUGCUACAGAAAAAUAUCAGUCUAUACGUUUGGGGUCCUUCAAUCUCACCAAUUCGACCAUGAUUCCAUUAUUAACAGGUUCGGGAGGCAAAAUAAAGUCAUUUACCGUUACCGAAGAUUCCAUUGUGGCAUGGAAUGACACCUCGUUGCUUAUCUACAGGGAUCAAAAAUGGAAUAUUACCUCACUACCAGGUAAUGGCAGCUCUGUUAGCUCUGUGACAACGAUCAACACAAACGCAGACUCCUAUACUUUGAGUAAGCGAGCUACUGACAAUGUUGAGAAGGGGAGUAUCCUGCUCCUCAACGGUAAUUUUAGCAUUCCGCAGUACGGAAAUUUGCAAGGGCUGCUGUUUGAUUCCCAGAACUGGACACCUUACUUUACGUCAGAAGCAUCGGAAGCUUCCGGUCACAAUCCAACAAUUUUUAUAAAUAGAGACGUGUCAGCCGAAUUUAACUCUCAAAUCCCACUCUCCAAUUCAAACAUGACCGUGACAAGUCCUCAAUCAACAUCGCCCCUAUCUCCAUCUUCAUCGGCCAGUAGUGAGUCGAACAAGAAAUCAAAGAAGAAGAAUAUAGAUCGUGGGUUUGUCGUUUUAAUUGGGCUGGCAUUAGCAUUAGGAACAGUUUCUGUUCUCGGUAUUGCAGGCGUCAUUCUUGCCUACGUGUUCAAAGAUCCGGAGGGCGAUUACAAGCCCAUUAAACCACGAAUUGAUGAGAAUGAAAUGCUCGAUACCGUUCCUCCCGAAAAACUCAUGAAGUUUGUCUAG